AACUUGGUGGCAGUAGUCAAUCUUUGUUUUGUUUGUGUUUAAUUGGUUAGUGCUGACAGUGCAGCCAAUCCGGCUCCGUUCUCGGGAAAAAGGGGUGGGACUUCGGCGUAAACGGUCAGGUUCAGUGUAUCUGUGUAAGAGAGAAGAGUCAUUCACCGUUAGGUAAAGUUGCAAUGGUCUAAGCGGAGAUCCUAUUAAUAACUUGACGGCUGACGACCAGUUAGCCUAUGGUUUGGAUUGUGGUGACCUGCCCGAGCUGAUUCAGGAGACGGACAUCUAAGACGAGGAUCGGAAAAACUCCUGUGGACCACUAAGAAGAACGGUUUCCCGCGUCUGCGCUUCCGGUUGUAGACAGUUUGCUGGUGUGUUUUUUCUCCCGGGUUCUGCCUGCCGUCCAUCGCCCGGAUUCCGCUCAUCUUCUCCUUUGAAUGGGGAACCAGAGACGUGGUCUUGUCCAGCACCGUGAGUGUAGAUGGCCACGUCCUGGCAGUGUCUGACAACAUGUUUGUCCACAACAACUCUAAGCACGGCCGAAGGGCCCGCAGACUGGAGCCCGGCGAGUCUGUGGAGAAUACUAUGGAAUAUGCCACCCCGUGCAUCAAAGCCAUUAGUCCCAGUGAGGGCUGGACCACCGGCGGGGCGAUGGUCAUCGUCAUUGGGGAGAACUUUUUUGACGGCCUGCAGGUGGUGUUUGGCAGCAUGCUGGUGUGGAGUGAGUCUGCAUGCAUGCAAUCUCACUGUGAGCUGCUGUGAGAACCUGGCAAAGAAUAUCAACCCAUCACAAGUUAGAGAGCUGGACCUGUCCAACAACAACCUGACAGAUGCAGGAAUAACACUGCUCUCCACGAAACUGAAGAACAGCAAAUUGGAGAAACUCAGACUGAGGAGCUGCAAUCUAACACAGCACAGCUCCGAUGACCUGACCGCCGUCAUCAGCUCAGCCUCCUGCCAGCUUAGAGAAUUGGACCUAUCUGACAAUGACUUGCAGGACGUAGGAGUCAAAACGCUCUCUGGUGGACUGGAGAGUCCUCACUGUCAACUGAAGAUACUCUCUGUGUCCUUGUGCAGAGUGACAGAGGAAGGCUGCACUUUCCUGGCAUCAGCUUGGAACUCGUCCAGUUUGAGAGAGCUGGACCUGAGCUACAACCACCCGGGAGAGUUGGGCGUGCAGCUUCUGUCUGCUCUGAUGGCCGACCCACAAUGCAGCCUGCAGAAACUCAGGAGGAGCAGCUGAGAUGAGGAGUUGGAUCCAGGUGAAGACGGCGGCGGCUGAAGCUGGCGGAGCAGCAGGGCGCCGCUGCGUACGUUGGCCCGUCACUGUGUUGGAUAAAAGCGUCGCAUUCACUGAUGUCUACGCAUCGUCAAUGACAGUGCGGGCCGCUCCCCUGGCCCGCGUUUGAGCUCUGCCGCGUGUAGAGACACGCUCACACAUAGAUAUAUGUAUGUGUUUUAUUCACAUGGAAGGAUUCCAGCCUCUCUGGGAGGAAGGCAGCCGCUGGGGCUGUGCAGCCGGCUGGCAGCUCCGUCUAGCGGGGCCACGAGUCAAACACAAUUCAUGGGCUGCUCUGUGCUUGGGAUGCAGCAUCUAUAACGGGGGCAUGUCGUGCGUUCAGCUUGGGGGCGUGUGUGGGAAACAGGGUCCUUUGGCGCCAUCGUGUGGCGGCGGCGGGGCGUUGCAGCACCAGAGGGCAGCGGGAGUAGAAACGUCCACAGCGCACGUCGUGUGGCUCAGUCAUCGAUCGCGGCGCUGCAACGCGACUGUGACUUUCAUCCGGGCGUCUUGAUCGGUUCGAACGGGGGGGGGAGAUUCCACUUUGUUGUGACAGCAGAGCAUAGACAUGUAUAGAAAGGCUAGAUGGCUCAAGGCGGAGUCGGCUGUGUCGUCACUUGGCGGCCAUCUUGGGUCAGGAGACUGCGCUGCUGUGGACGGAAGGUGAGUGACAUACGCCAACUAAAAUGCUCGUAACUUGCUGAAUUCUUGACGGAUUUACAAACGGUUUGGUUUAUUACAAACCUUAUUAACGUGGCUACGAUUUGUGCUGAUGCCGAUGUUUAAAUUGUAGCUUCACGUUUUGAGAAACGCUUAACAUUGCAGCGUAGCUGUGUGUUUCAUGGCUGCCCUCUACUCUAAAGUGAUACCACACAGUCGACAUUUUCAAUUAUUAACAGGUUUCCUGAGACCAACAACGUUUCUUGACAACCUAAUCUUUUGUCUAAAUGUCAUUUUGUGGAUGUGGUUGUAUUUAUUUGCUGGCUAGCAGUGAAGAGGUCGUAAGUGAGUCACCGAGCAAUUGUAAAUUGGUGGGAGAGGCAGGGUUAGUCUUUCGUUUCAACAUAGCUUUGAGUUACACGUGAUUUCCAAGUGGUUUGGUUUCUUAAAAACAUCUUUACAUCAUUUGGAUUUCUUUGUUGGGUUUUUUCUGAGACAACAUUACAAGAUUGGCUACAUAUAUUUGCAUACAUGCACUACAUAGAAUCAAAAUGAUAAUAUGUUUUAUACUGUAUUUUAGUCCAUACCCUCAGUGUUGAAGGAUAUAAAGGUGCAAGGUUAACAAUCAUUUAUAUCUGACUACUAUUUCUCCCA